AUGGAGUUAGUAAAACAGCCUGAUAUUCUGCUGCCACCUCUCGACACAAUUCCCCUAAAUGUUGUUCCCAUAAGAAUGGUGCCACCAAAAGAAUCGCCAGUGAUGGAAAUAGUGAAGCCUAAAGCUGCUCCGGUGAUCAGCCACCUGCCCGGAUUGAAAGGGAGAAGAGUGUGUUUGUUGACGAAUCUUUUCAAUGUCACAGUCGCCAGAGCUAUAGAUGACUUAUAUCACUAUGAUAUAUCGAUCUUUCGUGAAGAUGGUAGUGAGAUUACUAGUAAAAAUAUUAAGAGGGCUGUGGUUGAAGAACUCUCUGGCUCUGAGAUGUAUAAACAAGAGCUAUCAGGGAAAACACUUGUUUAUGAUGGUGUUGGAAGCUUAUUCACUCUUGGCCCACUGCCACAGAACAAUCUUGAGUUUUCUGUUGUGAUGGUUCGGAAAAGUAUUAGGAAAGGCAGCAGUGUUGGAGGCGAUGGGAGCCCAAACGGGAAUGAUCAGAAGAGGCAGAAGAUUGCGUUUCAUUCCAGAGCAUUCAAAGUGGAGAUGAGAUUUGCCUCUCAAAUCUCAAUGAAAUCCUUCAAUGAGAGAAGCUUGAGAGUCUUGAAUACUAUUCUGCAGCAGCAAGCAAGUAGAAAGGGCUGUCUCGUUGUUGGCCAAUCGUUCUUUCUCCACGAGCAAUCAAACUAUAUCGACUUAGGUGGUGGCGUUCUUGGAUGUAGAGGUUUCUUUUCGAGCUUCAGGGCUCUUCAGGGUGGAUUGUUUCUGAAUCAUGACAUGUCUAUGACGACAACCAUACAAUCAGGUGCAGUGGUUGAUUUCCUUUUGAGCAACCAAAAUGUGAAAACUCCCUUCAACAUUGAUUGGAGUAAGGCUAGCCGGACAUUAAAGAAUAUGAGGAUCAGAGUGAAACAUUUGAAUCAGGAGUUCAGAAUCACAGGGCUAAGUGAAAGAUCUUGCAAAGAACAGAAAUUUCCUUUGGAGUUGAGAGGAGCAAGUGACUCUAUUGACGGUGUCAAAACAAUUCAGACUACGGUUUAUGACUACUUCGUCACUACGCGUACAAUUUCACUGUGUUAUAGUGAAAAGUUACCUUGCAUCAACGUUGGGAAGCCUAAUAGAGCUAUCUAUUUCCCAGUCGAGCUUUGUUAUCUGGUACCUCUACAGCGCAACAAGAAUGAAUUAACCGUCUAUCAGAGAACUGCAAUGGUGACUAAAUCUAGCCAAAAACCGGAGGAAUUGCUCAAGAUUUUGACUAAUGUUUCAAUGAGGAUUAAGCACGAGGUCGAAACUGAUCCACUGCUACAAUCUUGUGGCUUUAACAUCAACAGUUCAUUGGUUCAAGCAGAAGGCCGCGUUCUUCCAGCCCCACGGUUGAAAAAGGGAAAUGGGGAGCAUAUUAUACCUAGAAAUGGUUGGUGGAACAUCAAAGAUAAGGUGAUAGACAUAACUUAA